CAUGAAACCCAUCAGUUGUCUCUACGUCGCCAUUCUCCUGUUUGGAAUAGCAGUACAAGGAACAACUACUAGAUGCAAUUCAUGGCAUAGCCCAUGUGCACCAUGGAAGCGAUGUAUCCCAACACAAUGGUACCCAUAUUACUAUUGUGCUCAAAGAUUGGGAGGUCAUUGGAAAGGUGGCAUCUGGGGUGGGAAACACCGUGGAGAAAUGGGUCCUCGUGGCGAAAUGGGACCUCGUGGAGAAAUGGGUCCCCGUGGAGAAAUGGGUCCCCGUGGAGAUAAGGGUCAACCCUUAGAAAUCGAUAAAUAGGGUUAACCGAAGUGUAAUUUGUGAUAGCGGAUUUGGAAGGAAGG